GCUCGCGUCAGGGCCGUCAAGGGGUGGCCGAGAAGACUACAGGGAGGCAGCCCUCCCUGAUUACGGUCCACAGGGCUGGGGCUGCGCGCAUGCGCGGUACUGGGUGCAUGUGCGGCGGCGGCAGCAUGAAGCGGAGCGCGGGGGAGAGCGAGCAGCAAGCGAAGAAACAAAAGCUUCUUGAAGAAAUUGGAGAAAGCUGGCUUCCAUAUCUGACUCCUAGAGAUGCUGAAUUCCAUCAACUGUGGAAGACCAAAUAUUCCAAACUCAUUCUUAGGACAUCUGAUACGGUACCCAAAGAACUGCAUCAAGUUGUGCAAGAUGCUUUUUUGACCUUGCAAAAACAUGGUUGUCUCUUUCAAGAUCUUAUUAGGAUCAAAGGAAAAGAUUGUCUUACCCCAGUAUCUCGUAUAUUAAUUGGAAACCCAGGAUGCACUUACAAAUACUUGAACACAAGACUAUUUACUGUUCCUUGGCCUGUGGAAGGUUCCAAAAUAAAAUAUUGCAAUCCUGAAAUGUUUGAUGCAUGCAAGGCCUUAAUGAAACUUAAUGACUACCUGUAUAAUGAAACAGUCCAGGCUUUAAAAGAGCAAAGUUUGUCUGAGACCAAAGAAACUAAAGAUGCUGCUGUUACAAAUAAGGAACAGGAUUUUUCUACCUAUGUUGAAGGGGAGAGGACCAUUUUGGAAGAUCAAAGCAGCUCGUAUGUACCAAGGACUGAUUGCAUAAACCUAAAGAGCAAAACACCUUAUAACUUGACUUUAUUAAAUUAUAUGGAUCCACUACAAAUGCCGUACUUAAAACAAGAGCCUUAUUUUGGAAUGGGGAACAUGGCUGUGAGUUGGCACCAUGAUGAGAAUCUGGUUGAAAGGUCAACAGUAGCUGUGUACAGUUACAGCUGUAAAGAUCCUGUGAUUAACAGAAAUCAACUACAGGAUUCGAGAGGGCGAGACCCAGCUGUUUGGCAUGCGGGUCUGAAGAUUGCAUGGGACAUAAAGACGCCUGGAUUAGCAUUACCCCUUCACCCAGGAGACUGCUACUUUAUGCUGGAUGACCUCAAUAUGACACAUCAGCACUGUGUGUUGGCUGGCUGGCCACCUCGGUUCAGCUCUACUCACAGAGUGGCAGAGUGCUCAAGAGGGACUCUGGACUACAUUUUUAGGCAGUGUGAGACAGCACUGCAGAAUUUACAAGCUGAUUCUGAAUCAGUGGCUUUAUCUUUGAAAUCACUGGAAGUCAUGAUUGUAAAGGAAGUAGAAGGAAUUCAUAAUGAGGUUGAAUUUGAAUGGCUUAGGCAGUUUUGGUUUCAGGGCAAACGCUAUAGGAAGUGCACUGAUUGGUGGUUUGAACCUAUGGCUAAACUGGAAGAAUUUUGGAAAAAGAUGGAGAUUAUGGUUCGCCAAACACAGAAGUCCAGUCACCCCUACCUGCAACUUCUGUUUUCUGUGUGUGGAGAGAACUUUCACAGAUCUUGUUUUUCCUCCAUGCUGGGAGAAGGGCCAGCUGAUCCUAUGGCAUUUUCUUCUCUUCCUGUACUUGUUUAUGUGAAGAAGACAAGCCUGGUGCUCAGUGAAGUUGGAAAAGAGGAAUGUACCAUGGAACAAAGGAAUGAAAUAGUCAGCUGCUUCUUACCAUUUCUUACUGAACGACAAGAGCUACGCAAAGAAUGGACAGCAAGUGUGACAUCUUGUAAAGCCCAGUACUUGGACUCAGCUAUGCUCCAGGUCCCAGGUGCCAGUCCCAGCUGGCAAAGACUUUACCAGAUGAGCAGAAGCCAGAGUGCCAUCCCUACUGGAAGAAUGAUGAUUCUAACAUGCCUCUCCCAUAUGAUCUUGAAGAAGUAAUUGCUAAACUCCAGGCCCUGCUUCAAUAAAUGGAGCACUAGAAGGUGUAUGCCCAGAGUAAAAUUACUUGUACCCAUCUCUUGAAAAGAAAAUAUCUAAAGUGAAUUGAAUCUCCGCAGUGUUUUUAUAUUUAAAUCACAUAGGUUUAUUUCUUCCUUGAGUACAAGUUCCUGUCCAUUGUAACUGAAUUAUGUUUUGUAGCUACUCAUUUAGAAAUUUCUAAAAUAAAAAAGAAUAAGGCCUAGAUCUACACAAAAGACUUAAGUAUCAUAAGUGGAACUAACUUAGAAUUUAGGCACCUCAGGCCAAGAAUGUGAUCUGUAACCUCACCAAACCCAUAGGUACCCAAGGUUUUGCCAGUAGAAUUCCCUAGGUUCUUGAAGGUCUGUUUCUGUGAAUGCCAAGAAUUUCUCCUAUGCUGCCUUGACUGAGAAGCUCAGUUCCUGUUGACAUGUGCAUACUGUUCCUGCUGAGAAGCAUGCCACUGUCACCUACUUCCGCUCUAAACACACCAACCCAGGAAGAGGCAGCAAAAUUGUUUUGGAGGUUCCCCUUGCCACCCCUGUCAAAAAUGCCAGAGAUGAGGAUCUGAAGAGGAGCAGCAGGUGGUGACCUCAGGACAAUUUAAUUGUCUCAUUUCUAGGUUUGGCAUAUGUGGGGCAGGAGCAGAAGGGCUGCGUGCAUUUCUUGGUCACCCUCCCAGGAACCAUAGACAUACCUGCCGUCAUAGAGCAGCCUGAUCAGGAUCUGCAACUAGGCGUCCUCCAUUUACCUUCCUUGAGGGACUUCAUUAGAUCAAAAUGUUCUGAAUGCACCUAACUCAUCUAUUACACAGUCAACCCAGCCAUUUUUAUUUAAAAUUGUGAGUGGAAGUGGAAAGAAGUGCUAGCGCAGUUGUUUGUUGGUUACAGUAUUCACCUGGAUGGAGAGAAAUUUCCUAUGAAGGCGUCCUAAAAGGUUCUAGCCAGUAGCUUUCACCUCCAGGAGAGUGUCCUAACUGCCAGGUUAUCACCGUUCUGGAGGAAGGCACACCUCACCCCUCCUGCUGGAGCUGUACCACUGUCCCAAAGAGAAUACAUAAUCCACUGGGCUGGCGAAAGGGAGCAAAAAAAGAAGCCUGAUCCAUUUGCCCACUGACUAGGAUUUUUUUUUUUAAACGUGUUUUGCACUAAACAGUCAGUGCAUAAAAUGCACAUGCAGUCCACGAAGCAAUGUUUGGAACCUGCGUUGGCUUGAUGUUAAGUUGUUUUGUGAGUUUAUCCCAAAAUACAAAAAUGUAAGAUGUUAAAAAUAAUGUUGUUUGUGAUCUAUUUAGUAAUAGGAUACUAGAAAAGCAGGCAGUUCCUUUCUGGUCCAUUGGGACUAUCCAGAAUAAAAGCCAAUUUUCUUUCAUUUACAUUGUAUUCUAACUGGCACCAGUUUUUCUUCCCAAAUGACAAAAAAAAAAAAGAGCUUGUGAUGCAAAAGUUACAUUCAGUGCUUAUUAUCACCUCAGAAAGGAUAAGAUCCAGUGCUCAGCAUGGCUAAUAUAGAGGUGGAACAUACCUGCAGGACUAACAUUUUAUUUAAAAAUCACCGUUCAGACCAGGUUUCCUUAGAGUGUGCUGCCAGAAUAGCUAUAGUAUGCUUACUAGCAAAGCCGUCUGGUAUGGAUGCAGUUUAUACUGGCAGAACUGUGAUUUUUGCCCAGUGUAGUUUAUGCCAGCCCCCCCUUGAGCAAAAUAAUUUAUGCCAGGAAAAGCUCCAUUUUGCGGACAUAACUGUGUCUACACCUGGGCACUCUUCCCAGCAGAGCUGUGUCUGUCAGGAACUGCAUCUCUAUGCACCCCUGAGCACCAUUGCUUUGCCAGUUCAAGAUUAUAGAGUUGGCAUGAAUGUGAAUAUACGUUAUAUGCCUUACAUUCCAUGACUUUUGUUGUGGCCAUCAGCUACCACUAAAAAAGUGAGGCCCCUUUUAAAGAACAAAUAAUUCAUUGAAUAGAGUUUGAUUGUAUUAGCACCUUGUUCCUGCAAACACUGUUUAACUGAUGCUUCUUGCACCACAGCUUCUUAAGACUUAAAAACAAUGCAGUUUUGUGAACACAGCUUUUUUCGCCCUGCUCUAGUUGGGCAAACAGCAUACAUUUGGAUUGUUGCCACACUAAAUAUUGUUUACUUCGGAGAUCAUUUAGAGACAAGCUAGUUGAAGGUGUGGGAAUUCUAUUUUAGAAAAGGCAAUUCUCAUGCAGCCAGAUACUGCUUUGGAAACUAGCAAUAUGGAUUCAAACAGGCUAAUGAUAUAGCACAGUUAAGGCAAGGUUUAAGGGGGUUGUUUGUUUCUGCUGUUUCUUUAUGAUUAUUUUUGGUUUAAUUAAGCAUAGCUAGAAACCCUGGGAAUCACAAUGGUGAAAUGAUUUUGACAGGCAUAAAGGGUACAGAAUGCAUAUAAAUGUUGAAAACUGGAUAAAAUGGAAGCGUAGCUAUUAAAAAUGAUUGGCAAAUAAUUAUUUACUGCAGUAUUCAAAAGUCACUAAUUUUUUGUUCUUUGAUUAGGAGACUGAUGGUAACUAUAAUAGAAUGUUUAAAAAUCCAUGAAUCUAAGGCCUUGUUCAUGCUGGGAAUGAAGCCAGUGGAAUAUCUGCACUGGUACAAUCUUCUAGUGCAGGCAGAUCAAAUUACCAUAAACCACAAUAUACAAUAGUACAGGUUCAAACCAGUGGAAAUCUAGGAAAUCCUUGGAAUGGACAAAACCUAAGAUUUCCCAGGCAAGAUAUUGAUGCUCAGACACCCAGAUAUGGCUCAAAGAGGAUUUAAAUGUUUUGUGUUGGAUUUGGAGCUCAGUUGUGCCACUGUAAAUCCAAAUAAUAUCACUGAACUCAGUGGAAAUACAGCAGCAUAAGAGCAGAAUUCAGCCCUCCCUUUCCCUGGCCUCAUCAGGGACAACAGCAAAUGUUUGGCAAAGUAGAUUGGAAUUCUCCAAAACGCAUAGUAGUUCUGAAGGUGUCAGCAGAAAAGAACAGACCAGAACUCAUUCAUAAAAGAAUGAGUGCUUAGUAUAAUUACUGCCCUUUCCAAUUAAUUGUUAGAAAGAGACAAUAACAAGAACAUGAUUUACAAGUUUUCCUUAUGUCAUUUAAAUAAUUUUGACCAAGGUCAUCCUGAAACGAUCCUUUUGCAAUCCAUUAAUAUUGUAGCAUUAGGUAGCCCAUUACCAUUUUGGAUGUGCUACAAAAACAUUCUUAACCCAGGCCUCUAAUGAAUGUUCUAUGUAUGGCAACUGUUUAUUGACUCUAGAUGCCUGAGGACCGAGGUCAGUCUGUUUCAGGGGGAAAGCAUAAAUUAGCUUCUAACAGUAGAUUCUGUGAUUUUUUUUCAAAUGGUGAAGUUCAUGACUUUGCUUACAUUUACUUUUCAUCAGCCCUGAAAGAAUUGAGGUAAAAUAGUUCCCUUGCACGUGUGUGUCAAGCUAAAUGGAUUACAGAAGAUACAGAUCUGUUUGCCUGUCUGCACUUGCCUUUAGACAAUAUUCAUCAAUUUUACAAAAGCUACUGACUAAACAUGGAACCCAUACAAAUGAAAUGCUCAAGGCAGGGACUUUAAAAAACACACACUCUGAUACAAAGUUGGUUUUACACUGAUAGAAGGAAAAUGUUGGCAGAAAAUGAAAACCUUUUAUUGUGACUCCAGUUUAGGGGAUGAAAGGUAAAGGCCAUUUUUAAAGUGUUCAAUAGAAAACUGCUGGUUUUGUGCCAGGUAGAUUAGACAUUUUUUCAUAAAGCAUUAUUUGUGUCUCUGCAUAUGAAGCUAUUCCAUCCUGUAGGUUCUUUUCCUUAUUGUUGAGGUUAAGUAAAUAAAUAUAUAUUAACACCAAUAUAAUAGAUUUUAAAGGCAUCAUUCUUGCACUCUGAGCUUUACAAGAGAGUCUGAAUGUCUAAAAUGUAAAUAAGAAUGCCAUGAAUAAUUACCAACUGGAAAACAUUCAGGAUGUGUAGCAUGCAGCAUAAUAAAUAUCCAGAUCAGUUCUCUUUAUUAUCAUCAUGAAAUAGUUGGUAUUUUCAUUGGUAAUGAACUGGAUUUACUUAACAAGCUAUCCUUUCAAAUCAUGCAAGGCCUCUGUAAUGUUGUGGAACAGGUUUGGGUAUUCAAGAGCCAGAAUAACAACAAAACAGGCAUGAAAAGAAUAAAAAAUCCAUGACACACAAUGCAAAUGAAUGAAGCUACUGUGCUAACAAUGGGCAGAAUUAUCUUCUUGGUUAAAACAGUGCAGUGCAUUGAUCCAGUGUAAUGCAAUGUAAAUUGUGCUAGUGUAACUGAGAUGAAUCUGGGUGAUAUAGUGCCUGACGUGUGGGAAGAAAGACAAGAUGAGGAAGAGAUGUGGCUUAAUUAGGUCACAACUUUAUUAACUUAAUUCAGUAUAGUUCAGUAGACUCUUUUCUUAAUUGUUUCUACCUGGAAGAGAGCUAAUCCCAGCUCCCUGUGACUCCACAGCUGGUUUCCCAGUCUGUUCCUGGGUCUUCCAUGAGAGUUGUUGCAAUAGACACUUGGAUCCCAAUCCUAUUUCCCAUUUUUCUCUAGGGCAUCCCUUCCCUCAAUCCCACUUUUAAUUCUGGUUUAUCAGGGAACCAGAACCCCUAUGAAAUAAAUACUUGCACUGGACACCAUCCAUCUAUUAGGUUGUAACUUGAAUCUUACUUCUAGACCUAUUACCCCACAUCUGUGAGCUGCUAUCCCAAAGGUGAAAUAUUGCCACUCUGCCCCCAGCUAAUCUGGCACAAAGGUUAGAGUUUCCAAUCCCAAAAAGUAAUCUAUUACAAUCUCCACCAAAAAUCUCAGUCCUACACUAAUCCCAGGGGAUGGACAAUCAAGCAAACUGUAAUUAAUCAAGUUACUGUAAAUUCAAAGGGGGUGUAGGGAUCUAGGGGUUGUCAGCUGAUCUGUAACUAUGUACCUACUCUUACCUUCCAGGACAGUUUAAUUCUCAAUGACAAUGGUGUAGGGUACAAUGGUUUAGUUUUUGCUUGCUGUGGGAGUAACAGGCACAUGAACAUUUAUUAUAGAGCAGUUGGUACCCAGUAGUAAAUGCUUGUUCUCUUUUAACUUAAUAUAAUUUAACUCUCAGAGAUAGGUUGGAGUUGUAACUCAGUCCCCAAGAAGGAGUUUAGACUAGAAGUACAGCUUAGUAGUAGUAUGCAUGGGCUAAUGGCUUAUUGCCUAGGUCAGGUGAUACCUUCCCAAACUCUGCCCUGGCCACACACAUCCCUUCUAAAACAAUGAGAAAUGAGGACCUUGCACUAUUUUCUUACCAGUAUAAACCAAGAAUUACCUACCUCUCAGGUUGUGGGGUGCAUAUCCAUCCUGCUUCUCAAGCUAAGACAGUACAUUUUGAUGCCUUUAUUAAAUAAAAUAAUUUAUAAGUUUGUGGAGAAGCUGCAUUUGUUAAGGCUAUAGAUUAGGUACCAAUUAGCUGUUAGUUUGUUCCAUUAAAAUGGUAGCAUUUAGCAGAGGAGAAGAACAAUUUACACAUGACCCUAAUUCCUACCAAAUAAAAAUUGGAUCAUCUAAGCUUUAUCUUUCAUUGUCAUGGAGAAAUCACAUAUAUUUCAUAUGAUGUAAAAGACUCCAUUCUUUCAUGAUUUCAAGCUUGUGAAGCCCCAGUGGUUCUAAUGUACAUGUAUGUGGUGCAAAUCAGAGUUUGGUCACAAAAUUAGCCCCUUUUUCUUUGUCUUCAAAUACUUGUCUCCAUGCCAAGGCAUGUUGCUCUGAUUAUUUGUCUUGAUUAGAGACUGAUAGAGUAAAGUCAGGUGUAUAGGAUUCCUAUUAUCCUUUAUUUCAUUGGUUCUGUGAACAGAUCAGAUAUUUAUUUCGGUGAAAACGGGAACAAUCAACUUCUGUUUACCAUUAACAUUCAGUUUUCCAUUUCUUAAAAUCAAACCAAAGUUUGGUAGGCAAUGAUUUUCGUACAUGUCCCUUGAUCAAUGGAACACUGUCAGAAUCCAUUAAAGCCUCCAUUAGCUUGAUCGCAUUCAAAGCUAAACUAUCAGAUUAUUUAAAAAGCUGCAGUGAUUGUUUAAAAUAUACUAUACAUUGAUUUCUCUCUGUAAGUAAAGUGGCAUAACUUUGAAACUAAGUGUGUACGACUAAGACUCCAUGCACUGUCUCCAGUAUAUUCUAAGAAGCUUAUUUUCCUUUUGAGAAUACCUAUAUAACAUGUUUUAAGUUGCAAUCCCUUGUACUUUUCAAAGGUUUUUCCUCUAAUUUAUCCUAUUUCAUUGUAUCAGUCAAAUGUAAUGCAUGUGGAAUGGAAGAUAUAGAUUUGCCAAGGGCCUCUCAACUGAAUAGUUUCACUGAAAAGGUUUAAUGAGUAAUGAUCAGGGACAUCCCUGGGGAAAGGGGGGGCGAAUCGGGGCAACCGCCCCAGGCCGCGCACUUUGGGGGGCCCCACUGCAGCUGCCACGCACCACCACUGCCAAAUGCCGCCCAGUCUGGCCACUCGCCCUCCCCCUCCCAGGCCCCCCACAGGCUGAUAUGCCCUGGGCCCUGCACACCCCUAAGGACAGCUAUUCUAAUAAUACUAGCAUUUAAAAUAACUAAUAUUUGGUGAACUCAUCUAGAGAUCUCAGAACACUUUACUGGGAAGAACUGUGGCACACCAGUUAAAAGUUAGCUUCUGUUCUGAAAAGGAACUCUGGAACAUGAAAAUUGUGCAUCCACUACUUCUAUUUAAAUUUACAGAAGUUUCAAUUUAAAAGAUAAUUUAGCAGUCUGCCAUUCAUACAAAAAUCAGACUAGGAUGUGAAAGUGAAGUUGUCUUAUUUUCUUCCGUUUUUAGUCAUAACAGGUAGUGUUUAUCAAGGUGAGAAUGUACUGGCCAGAUCUAUAUUGAAAUACUUGGUAUGUACCUAUUAGCAUUUUUUCUUAGUAUUUUUCUACCUAUUUUGAAAAUCUAACGAUUUAAUAGCCAAACAUUAUCAAAGCUUUCCAUGCUGAUGUUAUGGUUGCUGUUCUUUUAUAUUUGUGUCAUUAAUAAAUCUAGAAAUAUUAUUCAUCAGAUCGUAAGAUUACAACCUUCUCCCCCACCAAAAGUAUUCAUAAAAAGUGCUGCUUUUGGGUUAGUUGUUUAAUAGUACCCUUGUUUUUUAAUUUUUAUUAAAAACUUAAUAAAACUCUUAAGAACUCUUAAUAAAGCACCAUAAUAUGCAUUACUAUAUA